AUGUCUACUUCUGAUACACCAUUGUUAGACCCUUUACAGCAGCAGCAGCCACCGCCAAUGGUGGUGGCUGCCCAACAGGCCUCCACAGCUCAUUCGGGUCAUGGGUCGGUUGGACCCGUUAUUGGGGUUCUGGCAGUGAUAAUAAUACUGGGUGCAAUUUCAGUUAUGAUUGGCAGGCUUUGUUCGGGCAGGAGAAUAAUGGGUCGUGGCCGGUACGAUUUUGAAGAAUGGGCCGAGACUAAAUGUGCUUCUUGCUUUGAUGGCCGGGUUUUGCCGCCUUCUCUGCCACCCAUGGUGGCGGAGCACAGUGUAAGCAGCUCAUCCAGCGAUGCUACCCCGGCGGUGGUGCCCCAAGAAGAAACACAAAUACAUGAAGAAGAUAAAGUUCCAGAACAGCACAAUAAUUUGCAUAACUAA